AUGGCUGCGAAUAAAAUUGUGUCUGAAAUCGUCCCUAUUAUGAAUAAAAUCACCGAUGUUAAAUUGAAUGGGUCUAAUUUCCUCGGAUGGAGUAAAACUAUUAUUGUCCACCUCCGUAGUAUUGACAAGGAUGAUCACUUGGAUUCGGGUCCUCCCACAGACGAUGUCAAAGAUGAUACUAAUCGGGCAUGGUUACGUGAUGAUGCAAAAUUGCUUGUUCAAAUUCGAAAUUCCAUUGAGCCUGAUAUACUUUCUUUGGUCAAUCAUUGUGAAUUUGACAAGGAAUUGAUGGAUUAUCUAACAUUCUUAUACUCUGGACGUACCAAUAUCUCUCGUAUCUAUUCAGUUUGCAAAUUGUUUCAUAGAGGAGAGCAACAGGAUAAAAACGCUACGGCAUAUGUCAUGGAGUUUAACAAGGUUUAUGAGGAAUUAAACUCUCUCCUCCCGUUAAGCAACGAUGUCAAAGCAAUGCAGAAACAACGGGAACAAAUUGUUGUUAUGAGCUUCCUCACUGGGUUACGUCCAGAAUUUGAUGCUUUCAAGAAUCAGCUUCUCUCCGAAUCGGCCAUUCCUUCUCUCCAAGAGACAUUCUCCCGAUUCAUUCGGACUGAGGAAAUGCAGUCUCCAAUUAUCGGCACUCAUAUCUCUCAACAUAGUACCAUGUCAGUCGUGGAGCCUCCCAAGGUGUUUCUCGUGGAGGAUCUCGAGGAGGAUCUCGAGGGGGUUCUCGGGGUGGUACUCGGGGAGGUCCGACAAAUCGUAGCUCUCGCAAUCCCGAAUCCGACCAAGUGGAAUGUUAUUAUUGUCAUGAACUUGGGCACACAAAGUAUUCUUGUCCUCAGUUGGAGAAGAAGAAUCAGAAAGGCCCCUCUACUCAUGUUCCUUCAUCUUCUGACAUGGUCACUAUCUCUGCUGAGGAGUAUUCUCGACAUACUGCAAUAG